AUGUUAAAUAACACAUCUUCAUUUCUGCUCUGGCUGCAGAAUCCCCAUAGACAGCAAAGAAAGACACAGCUUACAUUGCAGAUCACGCAAAGGCGAAUCCUCAGGCACAUCCAAUGCAAUUUCUUGAUCCAGCGAGCAUUAAAAUUCGCUCUGAUACCAGCUAUACUUGAACCACCAUUGAAAGCGGCCUGGCGGAAUCACCCUGAUCUCAUAGAAAUGGACCAUUUUUUGGUUUACGACUAUACUGGUAUAGAUUCAUCAGUCUUAUACAGCCAAACUAUAAACUCGAGCAAAAAGAAUAAGGGAACUUGCAAAAUAGAUAUAAUAAUGGAGGACUUCCAUUUUUCUAGCCAAACAUCUGUUAGAGCUUUAUAUGAAUCGGAUCAUAAAUUCGUUCACUACCAAGUAGAGACCCCUAAACUUGAAGAAACGAUUACUCCGAAAAAAUGGGAAAACCCUGUUUACUAUUUUUCGUGUCACACCCAAACUAAUGUCAAAAAGGUAUUUUGGAUAAACGACGUAAAAUUGGAUCAUACGGCUAAGGAAGGUGACGCUUACCUAUCAAACUACGAAUUCGAACAAGUAAAGCUGCGAUUAUCGAAUUCAAAAAAAUUAGAUUAUUGGAUUUUGAGUUGUCUUCCCUUUGUGAUUCAAUUGAAUGAUCUGAAGCUUCCAUCGGUAGACAAGUUCGUUAAUUGUACGGAUAUCCCUGCUUGCAGGACAAACAUAAUGUUUCGCAAGAAAAUAAAUUGGCUAUAUAAGCCUGUACCCCUGAGUUACAAUUUGUCGGUGAACGAGGGGGAAGACCUGGAACUAAAGCUCAAAUUCCGAGAAACUAUGGGAUCAACUAGAAUCUAUAGGGCCAAGUGGAUCUUGGAUAAUAGAACGCUUCGAAAUUUCUCGAUGGAUUUUGAUCUUCGCGUCGAGAAGAUUAAAAAACCUUUUCCAGGAACCUUCCAUCGUUUUACUUGCACCUAUUUAGCUCUAUACGAUAUAAAUUUUCCUCAAAAAGACGAACACUUUGAAUUAGGAUCUGUAGAUGUAUUUGUCGAAGUGAAAACACUCCCAUUUUGUGAGGUAAGUAUCACGCUAACGAAAGAUGGUCAAAAAACGCGAAUCACGCAACCUUAUAUAGAGAUGGUGGAAGGAAGACAAAAUUUGGAAAUCGAUUGUUCAGUAAACUCGUUUGCGACAAAUUCUGGCCCGAUGCUAGAAAAUCACAGGUUAAAACACGUGUCUCCCCUUUCCGGGAAACUUCUGUCGAAUGACAUUGGUUCGGAUUAUACUAUCAAUAAUUAUUUAGUCAUAGACCAGCUGCAUAGGAAUCACGCUGGUUCGAUAUCUUGCGCGUCUACGGAUUUCCCAUAUCCGUGUAGGAGGCAAUUUUAUUUGUCCGUCUUUCAUGGACCAAAAGUUCGAUCCGUGUAUCCUCUCCAAAAUCCUAAAAUUGGCGAUAGAGUGGUAUUGGAAUGUGAGUACGAGUCCUAUCCCAGACCAUUUGAAGUGGCUUGGAUACAUCAUACAUCCGGCUUCGCAAAGAUAUCGAUGCAGAAAAAGUUGGUGAUUAAUGAAUUCAGCUCGUAUCAAUACGGCGACUACGCCUGCGUAAUCAGUAAUAAGUUCUACGAUGAAAAUAAAAAUCUUCAAAUCAAUACGGAAAGCUCUAGAAUACGCGCUAUUCCUAGUUUAGAACGGAGUUGGUGUGGCGCAGGGAAACAAAAAUGA